AUGUCCCACGGCCCGCCUCCACCGCCGCCCGCGGGCAAUUUCUAUGCUUUUUCUCCAUUCAACCUGAACGACCUCUCCAAUGCACAAAACUCUCAGUAUCCCGCCGGCGGGCCUUCCAGUCAUGAUCUCAUGUCCUUUUUCGAUGACGGGGAUAUCAUGGACUCGUUUGGUGACGUACCCAUGAACACUGACUCGGGAGACGGUGUACAAGUCAUGUCUGUACCCGGCUCAAUGCCCGUCAACACAAACGAGGACAUCUCCAUGAUCAACGAUGCCGACACGCAAACUUCUUCCUCCACCGUCACUCAGCUGCCCGUUGACCCGCUAGCUACCACGGCCGAGAAUGUGCCCGGCGCCGGCCCCCUACCGCCUCGCGCCUUUGCGCAGAUGAACCUUAAUGGUGCCGGUGCCGGUGCCGGUGCCGGCGCCGGCGGUAACGCAAGCACGUUGACGGACUUUACGAAGCGGAGAAACUGGCCGGCCAAGGUGGUGGAGGAGCUCAAGGACUUCCUGCACAUCCUCGACGCCAACGGCCGAAUCAAGUAUGCGUCCAGUAGCAUUCUCAGCAUUUCGGGAUACACGGCCGCCGAGAUCCAAGACGUCUUCUUGAAGGAUCUGAUCCACCCAGACGACCAGGGGGUUUUCGUUGCGGACCUCAACGAAUCCAUCGCCUCCGGUAAUCCUCUGCGAAUGUUCUACAGGUUCAAGGCCAAGUCUGGCUCCUACAUCAUCCUGGAGACUGUCGGCCAUGCCCACAUCGCGGCGGCCAGAUUUGCACCCAACCCCAACAACCAAUCGCCCUUCUGUCAGGCCGUCUUUAUGAUGUCCAGGACAUACCCGACCAAGAACGCUGGGCUUCUCGACUCCUUUUUAGAGCACAAGAUGGAGAACGAGCGACUGCGACGCCGUAUCGCGGAGCUUCGCAGAGAAGAGGAGGCCGAAACCGAGGAAUCCAACCGUCAAUGGAUGCAGAGUCAAGAGGGCCGGUCUGACAUGACGCCCUCCGAGACCACAGGAGCGUCCACCCCGUUUUUCCGCCACGCCAGCUCGGCUGGCGAUAUGCAAGCAGACGGAUCCGCGCUCACGAGGGAGAACCUCGAGGGGGUCGCUGCAGCCCGGAACUCGGACUCUCUGGGCGACAAGAUGGCGCGCUACGAGGGAAGUACGCACGCGGAGACGAUUGAGAUGUUGACCGGACUGCGAUAUCUCGAAGGCGAACGCAGCAGAGGCAUCACGACGGGCGGCAGCAGCCCGACGCUCAUCAGGGGUGACGCCGGCAUCGCGAUUCCCAUCGACAGGGAUUCCAGAGCGGGCGAGAAGAAGAAGAAGCUGAAGACGGCAGAGGAAUACGUCUGCACGGAUUGCGGGACUCUGGACUCUCCGGAAUGGCGAAAGGGUCCCAACGGACCGAAAACACUCUGCAAUGCCUGUGGCUUGCGGUGGGCCAAGAAGGAGAAGAAGCGAAACAUGAUGGCUGGCUGGCUGGCUGGCGCUUGCUAUGAGGCGACGGCGCUCGAGGUCAUUGGCUGCUGA